AAGUGAGAAGCAGUCAGGCCACACUUAGUGGACUGGAGUGUGCAGUACAAAGACUACUUGUACCUACCAAACCUGCUACUCGCCAAGGGCUGAUUGAGAGAGUAAGGAUUACAAGUCGUUGGACUGUACCCGUUAGCAGAAUAUGGAAUCGGAUAAUAUGGAAUCGGAUAAUAUGGAAUCUGAAAAUACAGAAAUUGAAAAUAUGGAGACUGAAAGUACAGAAUAUGAAAAUAUGGACACUGAAACUGUUUCUUCAGUUUCAGCACUGCAAGCUCUCUCUAAGCUACUUUAUCCUGAAGAAGACGAUGAUUUUGAAUCCGGACAGUCAACUUAUUCAUCUGCAAUUGGAGCCAUGGAUCCUGGGAAUAUUGGACCACCAAAAACAGAAGAGCUCAAAGUCAUUCCUCCUCAAACCAGUGGUGAAACUAGCGAGGACAUCUGGAAUCCAAAUAAAGUUCCAGAAGGAGCAGAGCAUGAUGACAUGUGGGAUGUUAGAGAACUACCAGACUAUGAGAUUAUAUACAAACAGCAGGUGGGAACCGAGGAUGUAUUCCUAGCAUUGACAAGAAAGGACUCUUCAACAGCGUGUUGUAAGGAUCUAGUGGUUAAAAUCAAACUGCCAAAUACCAACCCUUCUGAAAUUAAAGUUGAUAUCCAGGAAAUGAUCCUUGACCUUCGUACUCCUAAUAAGAAGCUCUUGCUGAACUUGCCCCAUCCUGUGGAAUGUGACAGUGCCAAAGCUUUGUAUAUCCUGGAAACGGAAACUCUUGAAGUCACCGCAACUCUGAAAAGAGAGUUAGAUUUUGUUAAUUUCUUCUGAAACUGCAUGAGUAAGGAGGAAAAGUGGCAAAACAGCCCUGACAAAAAAUUAAAAAAUUUGAAAAAAAUGGUUAAUGUUUUCUAUCUUUUUUUUUUUUUAUCAUUCUGGCAUACUUCAGAAAGGGCAUAAAUUCAAUUCUACUGAUAUUCUGAUCAUUUACACUCAUUUCUGUUACUCUGGGAGGAAAUAUUGUUUUCUCAUACUAAUAAGCUAUUCCAUUUUUAUAAUGAUAGCGGGAUUGAAUUUACAGGUU